AUGCCGUCAGCAUCUGACGGAACUUCAGAUGCACCACCCGCUAGUCUGCAAGGAUCGUGCUCAAUUUGUUUUGAGGAUCUUCGCCAAUCUGACAAAAUCUCAGCCAUCGUAUGUGGGCAUAUCUAUCAUCAUGGAUGUAUCUCCCAAUGGAUUGCCGCAAAACGUCAAUGUCCAAGUUGUCGGCGGACAGUGCCGAAAAAUGGAUUUGUGGAAAAGCUGUUUUUCGAUGUACAGAGAUUUGGAGGGGAACAGCAGAAACCACUGGAAAUCGACUAUCGGGAGGAGCACUACAAACUGUCGACAACACUGAAAGUGGAGAAAGAGAAAUCGGAAAAACUUGAGGAAGAAAAUAAGAAUUUGAAGUCUGAAGUCAAAUCACUAGAAAAGAAAGUGCACAAAGAGCAGAAUAGAUAUCGGACAGAAGUACCAAAGUUGCAGGCGACAAUCAAUCAUUUGACGAUUUCAUCCGAAGAAACAGAAUAUUUGAAACGAGAGUUGAGAGAAUCGAAAGAUAAACUGAAAGCUAGCGAAUUCUACAAAAUUCUCACAACUAACAGCGACCAAGCGGAGAAACAGCUCGGAGAGUAUCUUCGCAAAAGUGGAAGUUUGGACACGGAGAAGUUUUUUCAGUUACAAAAAGCACAAAUAAAAGAUUUGACUGAAAAACGGCGAGAAGCCGCGAAGGAGAUUGAGCAGCUGAAAUCAGAGAAUCACUCGUUGAAACGGAAAGUGCAAGAAGAGGCCGCAGCGAGAAAAACACUAAAAACGGCGAUACUUGAACUACAAGAUCGUCCAAACGUGGCAACGCCUAUCAACAAUAAACGACUCAGGGAGGUGAUGGAAUCGGAUACACCGCAGACACUAAAACGAAGAUCAUUGGGAUUCGAUGAAUCGAGUCAAUUGAUCGAAGGAGAGCUCUCGUUUUUCGAGCAGAAAGAGAACAAAACGACGCCAGCGGCACCCCAUGCUGAAGAUGACGAUGACGCUGAGUAUUUCAGAACACCAAAAGUAGUUGAGAAGAAAAAGAAAUUGGUGGAGAAGCAGAAACCAGUGAAUAACGAUGACUCAUUCGAAUUUCAAGACAUGCCUCAAGUGCCUCAAUCAAUUAUAAAUAGGAUACCAGCAAAGAUUCCAGCAAAGAUUCCAACAAAGAUUCCAAUAAAGAAAAUGACUGAAAAAGCGAAAAUUUCAAUACCAAAACUAUCAAGCAAGGAAUCAUUUGAAUUCAACCUCCUUCAACCAACAUCCCGGAUAAUUUCUAAACCAAUUGGCGAGUCCUCAUCCCAGAAGAUCACUGAAAAGUCCUCAACACUCAAAAGAUAUCAAAGUGCUGACAAUCCGAAGAAUGGCGCCCCUCCCACAAAAAACCCUAGAAUUUCCUGCUUUUUCAAGCGAACCACAUCAUCAACCACCACUUCAACCGAUUGUGUCACUAUUGACUGA